AUCUAUAAAGACGUCCGACCCCGAAAUCCUCCUUGCCAACCCACUCCUCUUCGAAGACCAUCUCGCCGAUUUAGAACCUACCUCCCACCUCGGCUUGUCGGCCUCGGGUCACCAAAUACACACAGAUCGGGUCUGAGGAAAGUCUCGCCGUCUAGACAACAUGUCAGGAUACCCGGGCCAGUACGGAGGAUACCAAGGCGGCCCGCCGCCGCAGCAGCAAUAUGCGCAGGGCGGUUACUACCCCCCUCCACAGCAAGGAUACAACGGAUACCCUCCCGCUGGGUCGGGGUACGGUUACCAACAGCCGUCGCCUCAACCCUAUGGAUACAACCAGCCCCCUCCUCCUCCUCAACAAUACGGUGGAUAUCAGCAGCCUCCGCCUCAACCGAACUACAACAACCGCCCAGGAGUACCCACCGCGGACUCAAAUGCUUACAUGCACGGAAACCACAACGCUCCGCCGCCGCCGCCCUCAGCACCACAGAGAUUCGGACAUGGCGCGCCUACCAACUACAACUUCCAGUACUCCAAUUGCACCGGCCGGAGAAAGGCGUUACUGAUUGGCAUCAACUACUUCGGCCAGCGCGGUCAACUGCGUGGCUGUAUCAAUGAUGUGAAGAAUAUGUCGGCGUACCUCGUCGACCGUUUUGGGUAUAAGAGGGAGGAUAUGGUUAUCCUCACUGACGACCAGCAAAAUCCCAUGAGUCAGCCUACGAAACAGAACCUCCUCAGAGCCAUGCAUUGGCUUGUGAAAGACGCGAGGCCCAACGACUCCCUUUUCUUCCACUACUCAGGUCACGGUGGUCAAACAAAGGAUCUGGACGGCGACGAGCCUGACGGAUACGAUGAAGUCAUUUAUCCGGUAGAUUUCCGCCAAACCGGUCAUAUUACAGACGAUGAGAUGCACAGAAUCAUGGUUCAACCUUUGCAGGCUGGCGUGAGAUUGACUGCUAUCUUCGAUUCUUGUCACUCGGGUACUGCACUCGAUCUCCCUUACAUCUACUCGACCCAGGGUAUCCUCAAGGAGCCCAAUUUGGCCAAGGAGGCCGGCCAAGGUCUGCUCGGUGCCAUAUCGUCAUACAGCCAAGGCGAUCUGGGCGGUGUGGCAAGCAACAUCAUGGGCUUCUUCAAGAAGGCAACCACUGGCGAAGAUGCUUACAACCGCACCAUGGCCACGAAGACGUCGCCUGCUGAUGUGGUCAUGUUAUCAGGAAGCAAAGAUGACCAAACUUCGUAUGCUACCCCCUUCUUUCUGUUUUGAUGAUACCCUUUUUGUUUUCAUUGCGCUUUACCGAUUCUCUGGAGAGUUCACAGAAAAGUCCCUUGAUUGUGUACUACUUCCCCUGGUGGGAUGGCAAAUUCUGGAUAAUGGAGGCGAAAGCCAAAAAAAAAGUAAAAGUCUGGGGCGUGCAUGUCUUCUUAAUAUUUUCUUCUCAUAUUUUCUUUACUUUAUACCCGCUAUUCCAGGUCAACGAUAAUCUUAAUGCUCUAGAACAAAUUGCAGCCUACUU